AUGGCGUCCAUGGAAGAGUUUGACCGCGCACAGACUCAAGCCAUGGAGUUAUUACUACAACAGUGUAUGAAUUCUCAACAUGAUUCUUUCUCGGUCGAUACCAGCUCACGCAAUUAUCCGGCUACCAAUGCAACAAUCCUUGACCUUUUGGCACAAAGUUGUGCAGACGCCAACGCUGCCGUGCAGGAACUCAGUGUAGAGGAAGUAGCUUCAGAGUUGGCUCGUGCUGUAUCUGCCACGCAAAAGAGUCUUCGUAGUGUAGGUGAGAAUGUAAGUUCAAUCUUACAGGACCCAGAGCAAAUGCGUGAGCUAUGCUACCAUGUAAAGCAGACGGAUACUGAGGUGUUAGAGGCGCUACAGAAGUCCCAAACGCUACUGGAGGAUAAAAAUGAUAUUAAACGCUGUGAUGAUGAGAUAGCUACGGACCAGGACGUAGGAACGGCACUCAUGGUGUCUUCUAAUGAAGAAAAUGUACGCAACAUGAUGAUGUUCGCUGAGAAUGUAUGCACGAUGAUGGACCACGCACUUAGCACGAUUACCCAGGAUGAGCUAGCACUAGCAGCCCAAUUGUCGCUCAGUAUUGCACAAAGAUUAUUGGAUGCUGGACAAGCGCUUUUUACGUCUUUAGGAGAUGAAGAACGCAAAAAGAGACACGGUGGAGAUCGUAGUGACCAUAUCACAAUCGAGGAAAUUGAAGAAAUACAAGAUGGCGAUAAUCAGUCGAAAGAAGAAGCAAGUCAACGACAUUACAGCGCUAAACAUAGUAGACAGCUACAACGUACUGCAGUAUUGCGGACAUAUCUCAACGACAUGUAUCACCGAUCAUGGAAUGAAGCAACGAAUCAUCCAUUUUUGGCAGGAGCACUCACUGCUGCUGGAUUACCGUUUAUCGGAUUUGCGAUUCCAGUGGCAAGCGUCAUCGCUCUGGCGCUUUUGAUAGAAAAGUAUUACCCUGAGCACACAAGACUGACACUGGAGCUGUGCUACAACUUUUUACAUAUGUCCAAAUUGUGGUUCCUUUUGUUAAAAAUUGGUGGUCGCCAGGUCAGCGUCAUAGCCAAAGAAAGUUUUAAGUCAUGGUACAAGCACGCGUCGGAACAUGGUUUCGUAGCGACGGGUUUUGAGCUAGCGUCGACAGGAUGUAGCAUUGGAUAUCUUGGCCUCUCAUACUUGUACCAGAUAAUGCUUGGCUUUACAAAGGAUGCUCUUGGGAACAACUCAGGAUGA